AUGAGUUUCCUCCGCAGGGUGGCGGGGCUCUCCCUUAGAGAUAGGGUGAGAAGCUCGGCCAUCCGGGAGGGGCUCGGAGUAGAGCCGCUGCUCCUCCACGUGGAGAGGAGCCAGUUGAGGUGGCUCGGGCAUCUGUUCAGGAUGCCUCCUGGUCGCCUCCCUGGGGAGGUGUUCCGGGCUCGUCCCACCGGGAGAAGGCCCAGAGGAAGACCCAGGACCCGCUGGAGGGACUAUGUGUCCCGGCUGGCCUGGGAACGCCUCGGGAUCCCCCCGGAGGAGCUGGCCGAAGUGGCCGGGGAGAGGGAAGUCUGGAUUUCCCUGCUCCGGCUGCUGCCCCCGCGACCCGACCCCGGAUAA